AUGCGCAGCCACAAGUGCUCCGUCUGCCAGUCUCGACCGUCAAACAGGCAGCUUCGUGCAUCCAGCAAGCCCAUAUCUCGCCGCCAGGACAUCUAUCCUAGCCAGGACUCUGGGUACGUCUGUCUUCUGACAGGCAUCCCGCACUUUUCAGACGGCUGCGAGGAAUGGGUGCAGAUGCGGUCAGGGCUGACGCCGCAGUUCGACUUUCCCUCUUUCCAGCACCACUACCUCGACGAUGGAUCGCCGCUCGCCGCCAGCAAGACGAAGCUGCCGCCGCGCUGGGCUUUUGACGCAAUGCUGGACGCAUUCACAAAGUCUGAUUUGAUUCUGGUAUUUCCCAUCGUGGAUGAAGUGCUCAUAGAGGAGACAGCGAACCUGGUGUACGCGACCGACGGAACGCCUUCGCUGCAGCACAUCAGCGCCAAAGCCUGCGUCUUAUCUCUUCUCAACUUCAUCGCGCUUCACUUUCCCGAAGUAGACGCGACCAAGUACGUCGACAUAGAAGCUUUUGCCAAAGCUUCAAAACUUCUCAUUGCCGAAUGCCUUGAAGACACAAGCUUGACAACACUGCAGACGUACUUUCUUGUGAAUAUGCAUGAUCUGACAGCUGGACGUAUGCAGGCCGCGGCCAUGUACAAUACUCUGGCGUGUCGAGCCGUGUUCGCCCUAGGAGGGCAUCAGCGCCUGUUUUCUUUUCCAGGGGAUAGGGUUCUCAACUAUGAAGAGCGUGAGGACCGCCAUAUUCGGUUAUUAUUCUGGUUGUGUUAUUAUUUUGACAAGGACAUUUCUCUACGCACCGGCCAUCCGCCCGUCAUUGACGACGAGUUCUGCGACUUGACGCUACCCGAAGGCUACAAGGAGGCGCGGUGGUCUCCGAGAUGCCGCGACCCGAGUAAAAAGCUGCAAGAUCCAUUCUUCCCAGGCGACAUGGAGCUCACAAUGGUAAAAUCCAGAGUCGCCCACAGUCUGUACGGAAACAAAGCACGACAAAAGUCGGAAGCGGAGCUCAUACGGACGAUUCGCGAGCUAGACGCGGAUCUCGAAAACUGGCGAAGCUCUGUUCCGCGCGAGUACGCGCCUCAGCUCUCUGUGCGCAAGGACUUGGCGAUUGCCAGUGAUGCCAGUCGCUGCAUGACGAUGCUUCACCUGGAGCUGCACCUGGAAUACAAUCACGUUCUCAUGGUGAUUCACGGCGCCAGCGGCCUGAGCGCUGCGGCAAAUGCGCCGACCGGAACGAUCCUGCCGGGUGUGCAGUCUAGCCUGGAGUUGUCUGUCGAAGCUAGCAGAUCGACGAUUGUCUAUUUGAUGGCUUCGGCGAACCGCGUAGCCAGCGAGGCUUUCUGGGUCUUCAUCUUUUACCCCAUGUCGGCGCUCAUGACGCUCUUCUUCAGCAUCCUUCGGCGGCCGCACGGCGCUCAUACCUUGAAGGACUUGGAACUCAUCAGCACAACGUCGGUGAUUGCGCGCACAAUGCCCAUUCAUGCCUCUGUUCCAUUCGCAAAGGAGUACCUGAUGCGAGUGGAUACGUUUGUGAAUGAGCUUCACAGGCUGGCAAAGGGCGCGAUAGAUGGCAGAGCCCGUGAAGAGUUGAUCAACGCGAGAUGA